AAAAAAAAAAAAAAAAAACAUUAUUGUUAAUUAUAUUAAAUAAUGAGAACUAUUUACGAAAUAAUAUGUGGAAUAAUAUUUGUAUUGUUAAACAUUACUUUGGUAACGGUUGUUUAUUACUACAAUAGACAUCCGAUUAAAAAAUAUAGAGGUAAAAAAUUAAAACCCGAAGAAUUAUCAAAAGUAAUAGCCAAAGAAAUUGGCAACCAACCACAAUUUUACACCUACCAAAAAAAGGAUACAGGAAAGUAUAGCGUGUACAUGUUAAGUCAUACCGAUAAUUUAACUUAUGAAGAACAAGAAUUAAAUCAUCCAGUUGAUUUCAAUGGUGUACCUGCAAAGCCUAUGUUAGAAUCAACUUUUAAAUUAACAUAUGUGGAAGAAGGUUUCAAAGUACCGGGAAUAAAACAAUUGUUUAGAUGUCCAAAGAAUUACAAAUGGGAUAUAAAAUUAAAUAAAUGUAUUGAAAAGCCUAUUUGUGAUUAUUAUAAUGAUUCAGUAAAACGACUUUACGAUCGAUACUACAGUGAAAUAGAUAAUCCAUCAAUAACUCAAAUUACAAUAUUAACAGGUAAAAAUCCUCAUCCACGUUUAUAUAUAAGGUGUUCAUCUUUACAACAAAAACCAAUUAUUGAAACUUGCCAUAAAGAAAAUGAACACGUUGAUAAAAAUGCAUUUAAAGAUGUAACCAAUAAUAAUAAUAAUAAUUCAAUUAUUAAACCCUGUAAAGUAUAUGAUAUUUGUAAAAAUUAUCCUCAAGGUACACGUCAUGCUUAUCGUAUAAAUAAUAUUUUCAGUCAAGCCCUAAAAACAAACCAGUACUAUAAAUGUAAUGGUACUGUAAGUGAAAUAUUUGAUUGUCAAGAAGGAUAUGAAUGUAAUGAAUUAUCUAUUCAUAAUAAUGAUAUUUGUAAACCAUUAGAUGACUGUCGACCAAAUAUUGAUUAUUAUUUUACAACAAAUCCUCAUUCAUUUUAUCAUUGUUUGUCUAAUAAACGACAAAUGGUAUGUUGUGGUGAAAAUGGAAUUAUUAAAUUAAGUGACAACUCAUAUCAAUGUAAAAUAGAUGAUAAAUAUGUUUAUUAUUCUGAUAAUAAUGUUGCUCAAGAAGCUACAAUUAACGGAUUUACAUACAAAUCAGAAUUAACAAAAGGUUUACAAAAAACUAAACUCUCAUUGGUUCCCUUUGAUGAUUGGUUUUAUGAUAAAUUUCCUCAACUAUUUGAAAAUAUUCCAUAUCCUUCAUUACCAACAACACUAAUUAAAAUUAAUGAAAAUGAUAAAGAAUUUACUUAUCAAAAUAUAGACAGUAUACGAAAAUUUUAUGAAAAUUUAAAUGAUAUUAAAUUGCCUACUAAAUUUCAUUAUACAUUAACAAAAGAUAAUACAGAAAAAUGGACAUUAAUUGAUGAGAAAGAAUUAUUAAAUGAUAUUAUUGAUUUUAACUCUAAAAUAAUUCAUUUAUCAGCCUCUAAUUUAAUGACAGAAAUAUCCUCAACAAUAAAAUCCCCUCCUGAUUCUCAUCACAAUAAUGAUGAUGAUGAUGAUGAACGAUAA